UCUGUCAAACAUGGCUGUGCUUUGGAAGAAGGAAAAAUGCUGAAUUGUGUUGGUAUAUCUCGGGAAAAGCAGCAGACAUGGCUAGAUUGGCUGACUAUUUCAUUGUCGUGGGAUACGAUCAGGAGAAAGCCGGUUCAGGAGAGGGAUGUGGAAAGAUCAUUCAGCGAUUCCCCAAGAAAGACUGGGAGGGAACAGCCUUUCCUCAGGGGGUGGAGAUGUUUUGUCAGCCUGGAGGUUGGAGGCUGUCCAGGGAUCGGAAAGCACCCACCUUCUUCACUGUUGUGCUGACAGAUAUCGAUUCAGACCGACACUACUGCUCCUGCCUCACUUUCUACGAAGCUGAGGUCAACCUGCAGGGAUCAAAGAACAUCGAAGCUGAUGGAGAUGAAGAUGAGGAGGCAGAAGAGGAUGGCCUGAUCCAGCCAGCUCAAGUGUUUGCACCAAAAAGUCUUAUUCUCGUGUCCAGGCUGGAUUAUCCUGAAAUAUUCCGGGGGUGCUUAGGGCUGAUCUACACAGUCUACAUCGAUAGCCUGAGUUUCCCUUUAGAGGGACUGGUGGCCAACCUUUUUGCAUUCCUGGUUCCUGUUGCCGGUGGAUCUCAGAAGCUGUUUAGCCUGGGAGCGGGAGACCGUCAGCUCAUCCAGACACCUCUGAACGACACACUGCCUGUCACGUGCAAGAGUGUUGCUCUGCUCUUCCAGCAGCUGGGAAUCCAAAAUGUUCUUAGCCUGUUCUGUGCAGUUCUGACAGAACAAAAGGUCUUAUUCCACUCCACCAGCUACCAGAGGCUUGGAGAGGCGUGCCGCGCCCUGGAAGCCCUCAUGUUUCCUCUUAAAUACAGCUACCCAUACAUCCCUAUUCUACCUUCGCGACUGCUGGAGGUUUUGAGUUCGCCCACUCCUUUCAUCAUCGGCGUGCAUUCCAUGUUUCAGAGUGAAAUCCAGGAUCUGUUGGAUGUUGUUAUUGCUGACCUGGAUGGAGGAACAGUAAAGAUUCCCGAGUCUUUGCCCUUGUCCCUGCUCCCUGAACCUUUGUUACACCAAACGCAGUCUACCUUGUCCCUGGUUUUGCACCCUGAUUUGGAGAUAGCAGACAAUGCAUUCCCUCCACCUCGCACUGCAUCCUCCAACCUCAAGCUGUUGGACAAGGAGGUGAGGGCCGUCUUUCUCAGGCUGUUUGCACAACUCUUCCAGGGCUACAGGUCCUGCCUGCAGCUCAUCCGCAUCCAUUCCGAACCCGUUAUCCACUUUCACAAGACUGCCUUCCUGGGCCAGCGAGGCCUUAUUGAGAAUGACUUCCUGACCAAGGUUUUGGAUGGCAUGGCCUUUGCUGGCUUUGUCUCAGAGAGGGGUCCACCUUACCGAGCCUGCGAUCUGUUUGAUGAGUUGGUGGCCUUAGACUUUGACAGCUUUAAGGAAGAGGAGGUCAACCCUGCCAAACUGCAGAAGCGCAUCAGGGAGCUCUCCGAGCAGCUAUACAGAAAUGAGAACCCAAACCCCCACAUGGCAUUCCAGAAAGUGCCUCGGCCAUCCGAGGGAUCCCACCUGCGUGUACACCAGAUACCCUUCCCUGUGCUAGAGGAAGAAAAUGUGGAGAAGCUUAUGCAGGAGGGUAUAGCAAAAUAUAGCAGUGCACCUCCUUCCACACGACCUGAGAAAAAGUGUGUAGUACCUGCUGGACCACCUGUUGCAUCCAUCAUGGGAAAGUGUGGCUCUGUGUUUAAUAGCGCUCGCAGGCUGGAGGUCGUGAGGAACUGCAUCUCGACCAUCUUUGACAGCAAGACUCUGGAGACUGAAAAGACGCUGCCGGCUGCACUGCGUGCACUGAAAGGCAAGGCAGCCCGCCAGUGUCUAACCGAAGAACUCAGUCUCCAUGUUCAGCAGAACCGCGCCAUACUGGACCACCAACAGUUUGACUACAUUAUUCGUAUGAUGAACUGUGCCCUUCAGGACUGCUCCAGCUCUGAGGAGUUCACAGUGGCUGCUGCACUGCUGCCCCUGUCAACAGCAUUUUAUAGGAAGCUGGCUCCUGGGGUGAACCAGUUUGCCUACACCUGCAUACAGGACCAUCCCAUCUGGACCAACCAGCAGUUCUGGGAAGCCACUUUCUACAGUGAAGUUCAGGGCCAGAUCCGAGCUCUUUAUCUUAACACCCCGAAGGAAAAUGGGAGCAUCACUGCCAGACUAAAGGAUGCUGGUACCGUGCCUGCAGUGGAUCACGAUGAGGAGACGACAGCCAUGGACCUGGCAGCGGAGCAGCUGCAUUUAUGGCCCAGCCUGAGCAAGGAGAAGCAGCAGGAGCUGGUGAAGAACGAGGAGAGCACCGUAUUCAGCCAGGCCAUCCAUUAUGCAAGCCUCAUGGUUUACCUGUUGGUGCCAUUGGACACCAGCAAGAACAAGCUGCUGCGCAACAACCCCACAGCUGACUGGGAGAGCGGCAGCAACAGCAUUGUGACGAACAGCAUUGCUGGCAGCGUGGCAGAGAGCUUUGAUACAGAAAGUGGCUUUGAGGACUCAGAGAACAGCGACGUGGCCAACUCUGUGGUUCGGUUUGUGGCCCGCUUUAUUGACAAGGUGUGCACAGAGAGUGGCGUAACGCAGGAACACAUUAAAAGCCUGCACAGCAUGAUCCCAGGCAUUGUAGCUAUGCAGAUGGAGGCGCUGGAGGCGGUUCACCGGGAGAGCAGGAGGUUACCUCCCAUUCAAAAACCUAAGAUUCUGCGUCCAGUGCUGCUUCCUGGAGAAGAGUUGGUGGCGGAGGGGCUGAGGGUGCUUCUGGACCCCGAUGGCAGGGAAGAGGCCACUGGAGGCCUCCUUGGGGGCCCGCACAUCUUGCCAGCAGAGGGAGCUCUCUUUCUGACCACAUACCGCAUCAUCUUCAAAGGCAUACCCCAUGAUCCACUGGUGGGGGAGCAGGCAGUGAUCAGAGCUUUCCCAGUGUCCACGCUGACCAAAGAGAAGAAGAUCAGCAUCCAGAACCAGCUGCAGCAGAACAUGCAGGAAGGCCUGCAGCUCCGCUCUGCGUUGUUUCAGUUGAUUAAAGUGGCUUUUGACGAGGAAGUGAGCUCGGAGAUGGUGGAGAUCUUCAGGAAGCACCUCCAGAGAAUCCGCUACCCGCAGUCCAUCUUCAGCUCCUUUGCAUUUGCUGCAGGACAAACAGCACCUCAGCUAAUCCUUCCAAAGCAAAAAGAGAGAAACACUGGCUUCAGAACACUGUCAAAAACAAUUGUCAAGGGAGCAAAGAGAGCUGGAAAGAUCACCAUGGGCCGAGGGAGCCAGCCCUCGCUGAAGAAGAAUGACAGAGGCAGCAGGAUGACCUGGAAUGAAGAUGACGAUAUUUCAAUAUCAGACGAUGGUGAGCCACCACCCAGCAGCACUUUAAGAGCGUCGGAGAAGUCCACGAUGGAGCAGCUUGUGGAGCAGUCUUGCUUCCGUGACUACCAGCGUCUGGGCAUGGGCACCAUCACCGCCAGUUUGUCUCGCUCCAAGUCAGGCGAGCAGUUCAGGAUCACAGCCGUAAACAGACUCUACGCUCUAUGCCGCAGCUACCCAGGACUGCUAGUGGUUCCUCAGGUUGUACAGGACAGCGGUCUACACAAAGUAGCACGUUGCUUCAGACACAACCGUCUGCCUGUUGUGUGUUGGAAACAUCCUCGCACCAAAGCUGUUCUACUCCGCUCAGGAGGCUUCCAUGGCAAGAGUGUAGUGGGGCUGUUCAAGUCGCAGAACCCAUCUUCAACAGCGCCUGCCUCGUCCUCAGAUUCAUCCAGUAGUCUUGAACAGGAGAAGUACCUGCGGGCUAUUCUGGAGUCCAUCCCAAUCUACUUUAAAAUGAAUGGAAACAACACGCUGACCAACCGCUCCCUGAUAGGCCUCUCGCCAGGCAGCGAAAGGAGGAUAUCCAGGAUACCAAAGAUGGCUCCUGUCCAUUUAGACAUCCCAUUCUCAAACAGCUUUACUAGAGGAGUGCUUGAGUACAGAGAUAAACUAUUCACUCACUCAAACCAAAAGCCUCCCAGUAAGGAGAAAAUCCCCAAUCAAGGCAUGUGGGCCAGCCUGCGCUCCAGCAGCAGACUCGGUCAGCAUCCGCUGACAGCUGACGUGGGUGCCAGACUAGCAGGGAAGGAUCUGGCACCCCCUGCAGGGAGCCACAGUCUGCAGGCCCAACUCCUCAAACAUCAAGCAGCCCUUUACAUCUUUGGGGAAAAGUCACAUCUGAGGGGCCUCAGAGUGGACUCCUCUCUGAACUGUGAACUGGUGCCAGUGGAUUUUGCAGACACACGGCAGGUGAAAGCUGCUUUCAAAAAACUACUGAGGGCCUGCGCUCCCAGCGCCACCUCGUCUGAUUCGGAGGACUCCUUCCUCAAAGCUCUGGAAGACUCCGAAUGGAUCCAGCAGCUUCAGAAGAUCCUGCAGCUGGCUUUGUUUCUGGUGGAGCUUCUGGACACUGGAUCAUCUGUUAUGCUCAGCCUGGAGGAUGGCUGGGACAUUACUACACAAGUGGUGUCCUUGGUGCAGCUCCUGAGCGAUCCUUUCUACUCUGGAGGGUUUUCAGGUCCUUUUGGAGAAAGAGUGGCUGUCCUUCGGCCACAAAUUCAGCAGAGGAGCAACCUGAGUCCCAGCAGCCAGGGCAGCGGCUUUACCCAUCUUCCUGCAAUUCCUGGACUGUGUGCACCAGAUUUUGGAGCAGCAUCCUCUGGAGUUUGAGUUUAAUCAGUAUUAUCUGAAGUUCCUGGCUUAUCAUCACGUCUCUAACCGCUUCAAGAACUUCCUGUUGGACUCGGACUACGAGCGUUUGGAACACGGCUUAUUAUUUGAGGAUAAGUGUGAUAAGCAGGCCCGGAGAGGCAUCUGUAUCUGGGAGUGCAUCAACAGGAUGCACCAGAGGAGUCCCAUCUUCUUCAACUAUCUGUACAGCCCCUCAGAGAACGAA